UCCUGAUGCAGAGUGAGACAGAACAUCAUCAGACUGCAGCUGCUAAACAUCAAGCUCACUUCAUUCUGCUGUAACAAGAUGUCAUUCAUGUGUUUGGUUUUUUAAAAAAUAUAUUUUUGUCAGUUUUUUCUUAGCAGGAACAGUACAAAAAAACAAACACAUGCAGAAGAACACAUUUAAAAAAAAGGUCAUGGGAAGAUUCGCUUAUCCAGAGUUAGCUAAACAUCAGAGUUAGGAGAUGUCCAUUUCAUUGGCUAAAUAAACAGGUGGACGUAUGGAGAAGGUCAUGUGGUUAACAGGUGCUCCUCAGGUUUCAGGUCUGCGCUGUCCAUCAAACAUCUGCCUCAACGUCUCAACUUCCUGUGUUUGUCACGUGAAGCAGGCAGCGAGUAAGAGAAUGUGUUGCAGCUCAUAUUUCUCUCAAAAAAUUAUAGAUAAAAAUAGUUUAAUGAUAUAAGUGUGUGAAUUCGAUCCCCAGGAGUACUAUAAACUAUAUUCAUAUUUGUUCAUGUUGUCCUCUAACUCUCCUGAAUUAAAAUGCUGUUGCGACGGACACAAACUGUUUUCAAUGAAGCUUUUAUUUUGAACUUGUCCGGAAGUGGCGUCCUCGCUGUUCCUACACAGAGUCCCGUUCCUGCCGCUGCCCCUCUUGGUUAGUCAGCUGAUCCGUCUGCAGGUCUGGUGACUCUCGAACCCGUGAAGCUCGCACCGUGUCCCAGAUCCCAGCAGCACCAGGCCGCAGCCGGCGUCUGUGUCCCUGUCGCCGGAGCUCCUGACACGGACUGGCUCCUGACCCCCUCCCCCCGCUGUCAGCUGGAGGCCGAAUCAUUCGUCUGAAGAAGCCAAGCUGGUCGGACCCUGACGCUCCGCUCCUCCGACAGGCCUCUGUGGUCCACAGCCCGGCAGCCCCCCUGACCGCCAUGGCUCUGCUGGAGCUCGCCAUGCAGGGAUUCGCCGUUUUCGGCUUCAUCCUGUUCUUCGUCCUGUGGCUCAUGCACUUCAUGUCCAUCAUUUAUGUGCGUCUCCACCUCCACAAGAAAAGAUCAGAGGUCAAACAGCCAUUUGUGCAGCUGGCUGGAGUUUCUCUGCUAAAGCCGCUGAAGGGCAUCGACCCCAACCUGAUCUCCAACCUGGAGACGUUCUUUACCCUGGAUUACCCCAAGUAUGAGAUCUUACUCUGCAUUCAGGACCAAGAUGAUCCAGCUGUUGACGUCUGUAAAAAGUUGCUGGGCAAAUAUCCCAACGUAGACGCUCGAUUAUUCAUCGGGGGGAAGAAAGUUGGAAUUAACCCUAAGAUCAACAACCUGAUGCCAGGCUACGAAGGAGCUAAGUACGGCCUGGUCUGGAUCUGUGACAGCGGCAUCAGAGUGAAACCUGACACCCUGACAGAUCUGACCAAUCAGAUGACAGAGAAGGUGGGAUUGGUCCAUGGGUUGCCAUAUGUUGCAGAUCGCCAAGGCUUCGCUGCCACAUUAGAGCAGGUGUAUUUCGGGACGUCCCACCCUCGCUCCUACAUCUCUGCGAACGUGACGGGGAUAAAGUGCGUGACGGGGAUGUCGUGUCUGAUGAGGAAGGACGUGUUGGAUCAAGCCGGCGGAUUGGUUGCCUUCGCUCAGUACAUCGCUGAGGAUUACUUCAUGGCUAAAGCCAUCGCAGACAGAGGCUGGAAGUUCUCCAUGGCGACCCAGGUGGCGCUACAGAAUUCUGGGUCGUACUCCAUUGGCCAGUUCCAGUCCCGCAUGAUCAGGUGGACGAAGCUGAGGAUCAACAUGCUUCCUGGCACCGUGCUGGAGCCCAUCUCCGAGUGCUUCCUGGCCAGCCUCAUCAUCGGCUGGGCCGCUCAUCACGUGUUCAGGUGGGACAUGAUGGUCUUCUUCAUGUGUCACUGUCUCGCCUGGUUUAUAUCCGACUACAUCCAGCUGACUGGAGUUCAGGGCGGUCCGCUGUGCUUCUCUAAGCUGGACUUUGCGGUGGCCUGGUUCAUCAGAGAGUCCAUGGCGGUGCAGAUCUUCCUGUCGGCUCUGUGGGAUCCGACUAUCAGCUGGAGGACCGGACGGUAUCGACUGCGCUGUGGCGGCACCGCAGAGGAGAUCUUGGAUGUCUAGUUACCAUGGAAACCGACUGCCACAGCAUCCUCAUCCUCCUGGUGAAGAGGAGGAGAUGAGAGGAAGAGACUGAUGUCAAUUUUUUUAAUGAGAAAAACUGAAGAGAGAGUGUGUGUGUGUGUGUGUGUGUGUGUGUGUGUGUGUGUGUGUUUUAACUAUUUAUGUUCCUUUUGGUGCUACAUCUAAUGAUGCCAGAACAAACCAAUGAGAGCGCAGGAUGGAAGGAAGAAAGAAAGAAAGAAAAAACAAAAGAAGGAACAAACAAACAGGAAGGAGUGAUGCAUCGCACUGAAUAUCUUUGAUCACAGAUGAUCGAUCGGUCUCUGAAAAGAGAGAAAACUAAUUGACCAAUCAGGAGAGGGGAGUCAGACGGACUGACUGCUUUUCCUUUCCUUCACCUGUCGAUGUCAGUGUGUUUCUAUGGAAGACAACUGCAGGUGAAAUCAGUGAACAUGAACAGAAAACCGUGAGAUGUAAAAUUUUGAAGUUUGAAUACAACUGAGUUUAGAGGGUUGAGAUAUUUUUCUUGGGAUUCACUGAUGUUAAAUUCCUGUCAGGACACGAAUAUUCCAGCGGCACGUGUUCAGUGGAGCUUCGGUUCACCAUCAGUCGAUUUUCCACCACAAUCCAACACUGGGAGCUAAAAGGAGCUAAAAAUAAAAGCUGACGUGACGCACGCGGGAAGGUUUCUCACCAAAGAACCUGUUUUCUUCAGGAAACGAGUCAUCGUUUCCAGGAGCUUCACUGGAGGAACCAGGAAGUAAAGUGACUUCCUGGAUCCAGAACGGUUCUGAAUUCUUCUGACUGGUCAAACUUGGAACCAAAACCGCUUGAGUGUGGUGUUGUCCGUCUUCAGGAAGACGUCUCAGUUUGUCCCUCUGCUGAGUGAAUCUCAGUUACAACAAAACAAAAGAACGUACAGUCAGCCAAUCAGAAGCGAGCGCAUUCUGCCGAACUGACUGAAGAUGAGGUCUGUAAUCUUUACCAAAUAUUAUCUCAUAUUUAUAUGCAAGAAAAAGUCCCCAGAAUUAAGACAUUAGUCUCAUUUGAACAGAGUUGUUACCUAAUUAUUGUAUUUCUAUACAAUAAUUUUUUCUUGAAAUUCAGCUUUUUGAAUUCAGAAUCUUGUAGUUGUGAAACUCACCUCACAAUUACAACAGCUUUAUUUUAUGAUUAGAAAAUUGUUAUCAUAACUCUAAGGGAAAAGUUUUAUUGAAAAGCUGUUUCUCUCGUACUUAACAAAAUAAGUAGCUCAUAAUUACUAAAAGGAAAGAGUCUUGAUUUAAAAAAUAGUCUUAAUUUAUUUUCUUAAGCGAAUGUGCUUCUGUAAUGUGACAUCCAGGUGGAAACGAGGAAAAGUCCAGUUGCCACAGAAAACUUGGCCCAUUGAAUUAAAGACGAUUUGCUGAAUCAUCUUAGGCCUGAUAUUUUUUAGUUUUGGUUUUUGUUACAUUUUUGACCCCCUCCUGACACAAAAAACAGUUUGUUAACAGAAUUCAGCACUGAAUUAAUUCCAGUAUUCUGUGUUGUUCAGCGGUCCCAACAUUUCUUGAGUCACAAAACCUUAAAAACAAAAAAAUAGUAAAAAAUCCACAUUUCUGAACUUUGUUCUCCAGAGUCUAAACACUGUAGUGUGUGUGUGUGUGUGUGUGUGUGUGUGUGUGUGAGAGUGAGAGAAAGAUCACGGGUGUUUUUUAAAGCUGUGUUGCAUUGCUGUUAGCUCUUAGCUGUUAGCGUAGCCACAGGCACUUGGAUGAUGACAUCAGCAUUGAGUCGGACAAACCCUGUGGCUGUCGUCCAAUAGGAUCAGUAGGAUUCUGACUUGUUUAUUGUUGUUGUUUUUUAGAGUUAUCUGCUGUAGUCUGCAAACUGACCAAUCACAGUUGAGGAUUGUGUCCCCCACAGGAACAAUAAAGUUUUAUCCUUUCAAAGCUGA